AUGGAUGCAAACACAUCAGCCAGUUCAGCUUCAGCAGCUACGUCGUUCACAUGCAAUGUUUGCCAAGCAAAAUUCGAGAAUAACCUCCAGCAACGUGCUCAUUCGAAGAGCGACUGGCAUGUCUAUAAUCUCAAACGACAUGUUGCUUCUUUACCACCUAUUUCCGCUCAAGUAUACAACGACCAAAUCUUAGCAAUAAGAGAGGCGUCGACGACAGCAGAAGCGGUGGCCAGUUCAGCUUUUCAGAAAUCAUGUACUGUCUGCGAGAAAACGUUCUUCAACCACACAGCAUAUCAGAAUCAUUUCAGAUCGUCAGGCCAUGCUCAAGAAGUGGCAAGACUCGAAGCAAAGGAUGAUUUAUCAACUUCAAUGGAGCGCAUCACGCUCGAAUCACAAGAGCCAACAACUUCUUCCGAUCCGGACACCUUCAUACCAUCAGCAUGUCUUUUCUGCAAGUACGACUCGAAAUCACUUGAUCUGAAUGUCGCCCACAUGCAGAAGAAGCACGGCCUGUUCAUCGCAGACCAAGACUACCUUCUCGACCUGGAGACGUUUAUCGGAUAUCUCUUCACCGUCAUCUCACAAUUCCACGAAUGCCUCUACUGUGGAUCAAUAAAAAGCUCAGAAGAAGCAGCUAGAUCCCACAUGAUAAGCAAAGGACACUGUAACCUGAAGCCGGAUCCUGGAUCUGAGUACGAGGACUUCUAUGAAGUCGCUUCAGAUAUCGAGGAUGAAGAUCUUGAGGCAGGCGCUAAAGAGGGUAAAUCACCUGAAUUCCUCGUGCCUGACGACAACGAGCUUCGUCUCCCAUCCGGCAGAAUUCUUGGUCAUCGAUCACAAGCUCGAUACUACCGCCAACACACUCCGGCUAGUGGCAAAUCUCCGGAACGGAAAGCCAUUGAAGACGGAAAGGAGUCUGGUGAGAGCAACCAGGAGCAAGCUGAGGGUAGUCGGAAUACCAGUAGACAACUUACAACUAGAACGAGGGGAGAGAUGGGAAUGGUCGGUGUGUCAGAAGCGAAGAAGAGAGCGGUGAUGGCUGUGGAGAAGAAGAUGCUGAAGGCGGAAAUCAGAGCAAAGAGUGAUUACCGAGCUGGUUUGGAGAGGUUGGGAAACAAGCAGAAAUACUUCCGUGUAAGUACUGAUUGUGUUUGGGAUUUAACCAAAUGA